UUUUAAAUUGAUAUGUAAAUUUCAAUGCGUGCAGUUGUUUUAGAAGGUCCAGGUUAAGAAGCUGUAAUGAAAGAAAUUCCAAUUCCUACUCCAUAAUCAGGAUAAGUGUUAAUAAAGGUAGACUCAGCUCCAAUAAAUCCAUCUGAUAUAGCAUUUUUACAUGGAGCAUAUUCUAGUAAUAAACAAUUUCCAUGUGUUCCUGGAUUUGAAGGUUCUGGGACUGUAAUUGCAAAUGGGUAUAAUUAAUAGUAAUAUUUAAGUGGAGGAAUAAUGGGAUGGAGAUUGGUAGGGAAAAGAGUAGCAUUUUAUUCACAAUCUUAAUUUGGAUCAUAUGGAGAAUAUAGUAUAGCAGAUGCUAUGGGUUGUUUAGAAUUAGAUAAUGAUAUUACUUUAUAAGAAGCUAGUUGUUCUUUUGUUAAUCCAUUAACUGUAAUUUCUAUGUUAGAAGUUGCUAAAGAUCAUAAAACAUAAGCUGUUGUUCAUACUGCAGCUGCUUCUUAAUUAGGUAGAAUGAUGAUAAGACACUUCUAAGCUAAUGGUGUUAGAGUUAUUAAUAUUAUUAGAAGAGAUGCUUAAGUAGAUAUGCUAAAAAAAGAAGGAGCUGAUAUUAUAUUAAAUUAAUCAGAUUCUGAUUUCUUAGAUAAAUUAAAAAAUGUUACUUAAACUUUACGGUAUUAUUUUAUUUAUUUAUUUUUUAGUGCAACAGUCUUUUUUGAUGCUCUAGGAGGAGAAUUAACUGGAUAAAUAUUAGAAGCUAUGCCUAAUCAUUCAAUUUGCUAUGUUUAUGGAGGAUUAAGUCUUAAACCUGUUGGAAAUGUUUCCAUUUUAGAUUUAAUUUUUAAAGAUAAAAAAGUUCAAGGAUUCUGGUUAACAUAAUAUUUAAAAAAAAAAAAUAUUGUUAGUUAAGCUCUUUUAUUGAAUUAAUUAAAAGGAUUACUCAAAACUAAUCUUAAAACUAUUGUUGCCAAAACUGUUGAUGUUUCAGAUUUUAAAGAAGGUUUAGAAUUUUAUAAAAAAAAUAUGAGUGAAGGUAAAGUUUUAAUUAGAUACGACCAAAAGCAAUCAUAAUAAUAAUAAUUAUAAUAAUAAUGA